AUGUCGACUAAGCAGCAUGCCUCCUUAACAAAGAAUCCGCCUGGUAACCUCAAAGAAGCUAUAGAUUGGAUUCUAUCUGUUCAUGGCCUUGAUGGUGGCAAGGGUGGAGAUGGGUCCCAGGAGCUUAGACAAGAAGUUGUGCAGCUUCUUGGCCAGAUUCCUAAUGAAUAUCAGGAUCAAAAUAUGCUUGAAAAGGUUGAAGAGGAGUUGAACAAAAUUGCUAAAGCGGAUCAAUUGAUCUUUAAAAUGGCAAAAACGUUAAAUAAAUUCAUCGAUGGUAUUGCCAAGCAAGGCUCUCAAGGUAACUUCUCCUCCCACAAAAAAGACACUUAUACAUCCAAUGCUGUUAAGAGAGACGGUGAACUGUGCGCCUGCAUAUUUCUAGGCUGUAUUCCUUUGAUCUUCGGUGGAUUAAGUUACUUAUAUUGGCAAUGUAAUGACGGUAAGGACAAUAUGUGGGUCUCCAAUCCAUACUGGAAAGCUGCACAAAGGAAUCAGACGAAAGGUUCUAAUAAAAAUAACCCUCGUUGGAAGGGAUAUUAUAUUUGGGAUUCUUCCAGGUCAAAUACUCAGCCUGCAUUCACCGCCUAUAAAAUCAACGAGGAGCAUAAGGCCGUUUGCCUAUACUUCGAGUGUUCCGGCUACGACCAUGCUAAACUCAAUGGUAAAGAAGCAAUUGAUGUACCCGGCUUACUCAACGACCUAUUCCCCAGAGAUGCCGAUGUGUCCAACAGUAAUUACUCCCAGUAUAUCAAACAAGUAUUAGAUAAUACUGCACAGAAUGUGGACUAUGCCACAACUGCUAAAGAUAACCCCUUCACCUUCCUCUACCUCGCAUCGCAAUACUAUUUUCAAUACAAACAAUCCCAACUGACAGACUGUAAUCGUGAACCUAAAGCCAUUCGUGAAAUGCUCUAUUGGUUAAUGGCCCUUCCCUACACCAAGGUGUUUCAACAAGCGUCUGAAGCUAUUAAACAGGGUAUUACGAAACAUGGUAGUGGUGGGACACCUGCUAAAAUUACAUUCACUAAUGGUGUCACCUUAAACAGUGCCACCUCCCCUUUCGAUUGUUAUCUAUCAACGACUUGCCAUUACGCCAGUUGCAUAUUAAUGACUCUCGAAGGUAGAUUAAAAGGCAAUACAGACAACGCAACAAAAUCUAAGGACAACACAUUACUGCACAAUAUAUACUCUAAUCUUGAGUUUAAAUUCCACUACCCUGACACCAUCGAUUCCUGA